GAAUGGUUCAGAGCCAGUUGUUGGAUAUUUCUUAAGCAAUCAUGUUGAUUGGUAAAAUUUUUAUAUUUUCCCUACUUAUCGGAUUCUUAGAGGCCCAGAUCUGCACCAUUGGCGUCACUUUCCACAUCCAAUUUAAUAGUCUUUCUAUAGCAAAGAAUGAAAAAAGGUGCUGCAAGAAUUACAAACGAAUUGGAAUUGGAAAAGGGUCACAGAUUCAGUGUGAGGCCAUUUGUGCGCACCCCUGUGGGAGUGGCAAGUGCACCAAGCCAAAUGUUUGCACCUGCAACAAGGGAUACACAAAUUUUAACAAUGUGCCCUCUAAUCGAUGUGUUCCCUCCUGCAAGGGUGGGUGUAGCAAGGGCACUUGCCAAUCUCCCGGACGGUGCGUCUGCCCCAAAAACCACAUACUGGACCCCGGUAGCGGCAACUGUUUGCCCCACUGCCCUAGCGGCUGUCCCAACGGCAAGUGCGUGCUCCCCAACAAGUGCAGCUGCAACAAUGGAUUCUCGCAGAACGCCACCACUCAGACAUGCCAGCCCAUCUGUGAGCAGAACUGUGCCUCGGGCAACGGUGUCUGUGCGGCCCCUGAUCACUGCGAGUGCAAGCAAGGCUACGCAGAGGACAAAGACUCUAAGUCGUUUAUGUGCCGACCAGUGUGCCGCAAGGGCUGCGAUAACGGGGUUUGCCGCGCACCCGAUGUAUGCGAGUGCAAGAAGAACUACCAGAAGGGGCCCGAUAGGAACUGCGUUCCCAUCUGCCAAUACGGUUGCAUGAAUGGCAACUGCACGGCGCCAGACGUCUGCGACUGCUUCGAAGGCUAUUCCGCCAUCAGCGAGUCGAUUUGCGACCCCAUCUGCAAAGAAGUGUGCCUAAAUGGAUUCUGUGAGGCGCCAGAUCUUUGCUCAUGUAAUGAGGGAUAUCGGAAGAGGGACAACAUCUGCGAGCCAGACUGCGAGGGCGGAUGUGAAAACGGAUUCUGCGAGUCUCCCGGAAAGUGUUCCUGCCUUGAAGGAUACGAAAAAGAGAGUGAAAACAGAUGUGCUCCAAUCUGCGAGGGCGGAUGUGAAAACGGAUUCUGCGAGUCUCCCGGAAAGUGUUCCUGCCUUGAAGGAUACGAAAAAGAGAGUGAGAAGAGAUGUGCUCCAAUCUGCGAGGGCGGAUGUGAAAACGGAUUCUGCGAGUCUCCCGGAAAGUGUUCCUGCCUUGAAGGAUACGAAAAAGAGACUGAGAAGAGAUGUGCUCCAAUCUGCGAGGGCGGAUGUGAAAACGGAUUCUGCGAGUCUCCCGGAAAGUGUUCCUGCCUUGAAGGAUACGAAAAAGAGAGUGAGAAGAGAUGUGCUCCAAUCUGCAAGGGCGGAUGUGAAAACGGAUUCUGCGAGUCUCCCGGAAAGUGUUCCUGCCUUGAAGGAUACGAACAAGAGAGUGAGAACAGAUGUGCUCCAAUCUGCGAAGGCGGAUGUGAAAACGGAUUCUGCGAGUCUCCCGGAAAGUGUUCCUGCCUUGAAGGAUACGAAAAAGAGAGUGAGAACAGAUGUGCUCCAAUCUGCGAGGGCGGAUGUGAAAACGGAUUCUGCGAGUCUCCCGGAAAGUGUUCCUGCCUUGAAGGAUACGAAAAAGAGAGUGAGAACAGAUGUGCUCCAAUCUGCAAAGGCGGUUGUGAAAACGGAUUCUGCGAGUCUCCCGGAAAGUGUUCCUGCCUUGAAGGAUACGCAAAAGAGAGGAACAGAUGUGGGGGGGUGACGCGAAAAGAGAACAGAUGUGCUCCAAUCUGCGAGGGCGGAUGUGAAAACGGAUUCUGCGAGUCUCCCGGAAAGUGUUCCUGCCUUGAAGGAUACGAAAAAGAGAGUGAGAACAGAUGUGCUCCAAUCUGCAAGGGCGGAUGUGAAAACGGAUUCUGCGAGUCUCCCGGAAAGUGUUCCUGCCUUGAAGGAUACGCAAAAGAGAGUGAGAACAGAUGUGCUCCAAUCUGCAAGGGCGGAUGUGAAAACGGAUUCUGCGAGUCUCCCGGAAAGUGUUCCUGCCUUGAAGGAUACGAAAAAGAGAGUGAGAAGAGAUGUGCUCCAAUCUGCGAGGGCGGAUGUGAAAACGGAUUCUGCGAGUCUCCCGGAAAGUGUUCCUGCCUUGAAGGAUACGAAAGAGAGAGUGAGAACAGAUGUGCUCCUACUUGCAAAGGCGGUUGUGAAAACGGAUUCUGCGAGUCUCCCGGAAAGUGUUCCUGCCUUGAAGGAUACGCAAAAGAGAGUGAGAACAGAUGUGCUCCAAUCUGCGAGGGCGGAUGUGAAAACGGAUUCUGCGAGUCUCCCGGAAAGUGUUCCUGCCUUGAAGGAUACGCAAAAGAGAGUGAGAACAGAUGUGCUCCAAUCUGCAAGGGCGGAUGUGAAAACGGAUUCUGCGAGUCUCCCGGAAAGUGUUCCUGCCUUAAGGGAUACGCAAAAGAGAGUGAGAACAGAUGUGCUCCAAUCUGCAAGGGCGGAUGUGAAAACGGAUUCUGCGAGUCUCCCGGAAAGUGUUCCUGCCUUGAAGGAUACGAAAAAGAGAGUGAGAACAGAUGUGCUCCAACCUGCAAGGGCGGAUGUGAAAACGGAUUCUGCGAUCUUCCCGGAAAGUGUUCCUGCCUUGAAGGAUACGAAAAAGAGACUGAGAACAGAUGUGCUCCAAUAUGCGAGGGCGGAUGUGAAAACGGAUUCUGCGAGUCUCCCGGAAAGUGUUCCUGCCUUGAAGGAUACAAAAAAGAGAGUGAGAACAGAUGUGCUCCUAAUUGCGAGGGAAAAUGUGCGAAUGAAUUGUGCAUGGCGCCUGGGCAGUGUUUGUGCAUCGAAGGAUACAUGCGGAGCGGAGAAGGCACCUGCAAGCCCCAUUGCCCAAAUGGAUGUUUCAAUGGCUCCUGCGUCGCACCCAACGAGUGCAGUUGUGGGAAUGGUUCUGUCUACGAGUUUUCAUCAGGGAUGUGCGUCCUUGAGAAUAAUGAUCUCGUUGGCGACGUUGGCACAGAUGGUCUGGGACCCGUCUCUUCGACUGCCAGCUGGCUCGAGGAUUCUUCAGAUUCACCAGUUGCUCGUUCCUCCUCGAUAGCCGAUCUGUUCCUUUGGUGCGAGAAGUUAUGCUGGAACGGGACGUGUGUGGAGGAUCAAUGUACCUGCGCGCCAAACUACAAGCUUCACAGGGACCAAGGGGACGCCGGACGGCUACUGUGCCUCCCUAUUUGCGAGAUGGAGUGCAUCAACGGGUACUGCAUGUUCCCCGCAAUGUGUGCCUGCUUCGAUGGCGGGGAGCCGGCUGGCGGUUACCUGUGCCAGUCGCCUGACGAAUCGGCCACGGUGGAGCACUCCUAUGGCCAAAAGACCGGCAAGAGCCGAUUGAUGUGGCUGUUCAUUGCGGUCGGUAUCGUUGCGGUCUCCCUGUCGAUCGUCAUUGCGUUUCUGAUGUGCCAUAUCUACAAGAAACACAGCUAUCGAGUGGCCCAGAACGAACAAAAAUUUGGUGUUUACUUUUCGGCGAAUAAAGCAGAUGUCAUUCGAGCUUGAUCUUCCAUUGCGAAAACACAAUUUUCUCAUUACUAAAAAAAGUUAAUAGUUCGACUAAUUUUAAUUGCAAAUAUUCUGUUAAGCCCGAGGCGUAAUCAUGCAAGUAAUAAACAUUUAUUGCCAG